AUGCUGGGACUCGCGUUAAAGUGGCCUAGGAUCCGCGUACUCGUACAUUUCAUUCUCAAGCAUUUUCCUGAUAAGAAUCAUCGAAAAUGUACAGAAUGGAACAUUACCGAGUUUUUAAACGAAAGUAAGGAGGAAACGUUUCAGUUGAAGAUUGGUUUGUAUUUAAAAAGUCUCGAGACCAUAAAUGACUAUGAACAAGGGAAGAGGCAAGAAAGGGCAAAACUUCUCCUGAAUGAUUAUAGGGAAGCAA